UUGACUUGUGGAUGAAAUAUUUCUGUGAACACGACCGAUCUCUGUGGCUCUGUAAGGCAAGACAGACUAACCGCUGCUCCACCGUCAACACGACCUCAUGUUAAUAACGUAUGGUUUGAGGGAUGAACCCCGUCACUCAGCAGCAUCCCACCCCCUUUCCACACACACACAGUCGGUUGACGGGGGCACAUCACAGACAGAUCUGUGGAGACAGAGCUGCUCUGACGACAGCGGGGAUCAGAUCACAAAGUUUGAAGAAGGAUCCACGGAAAAUGGUCGGGAUUUGUCGGAGCGAAGACUUCACGCGAGUCCCAUGGCAGCGUGCGGCCCACAGAGAGUGACCGGAACAUGGACAGUGGAGCUUUUUCUCCAAACUAACCCACGGACCAUUGUCUCACAGCAUCUGGGACUGAGCUGCCUCCGGACUGACCUUUGACCUGUCACUGAGGACAUUCCUGGUCAAAAACACAGCAUGGAUUUGUCCGGAUCUCUGCCUCCACCUUCACCCUACACCGUCGCCGUCCUGCCCAACAUCUCCGUUCCUUCCCUGCCUCCCUCCAUCUCUCCCUCCCCCAGCCUGGCGUCGACCGCUCUGUUCUGCUGCCUCCUCUCCCUCCUCUCCCUGCUGGGAAUCAUAGGAAACCUCUACACGUUGGGCCUCCUUCUAAAGCGCAGGAGGAGUCGGAGGAGACGCGGAGCGGGACCGAACUGCUGCCUGAUGAGAGUACCGGUGCCGUUCUGCUUAGUCAACACCUCGUCCCCCUCCGCCUCCCCCAUCUCCUCGUCCUCCUCCUCCUCUUCCUCCCUGUACCUACAGGUGCUGAGCCUCGCUCUGGCCGAUCUGCUCUACCUGUUCACCGCUCCCUUCAUCGUUUACGACAGCCUGGCGUCCGGCUGGGCCUUUGGCGAGCUGGGCUGCCGCCUCCUCCUCAGUCUGGAUCUCCUCACCAUGCACGCCUCCAUCUUCACUCUCACAGCCAUGAGUCUGGACCGGUACCGAGCUGUGGCCCGUCCCCUGCACACCUCCUCCUCCAACUCCUCCGGGCUGCUGCGUGUGGGCCUGGCCUGGGGCCUGGCCGUGGCCCUCAGUCUGCCCAUGAUGAUCACCCUGCACCUGGAGGACGGUGAGAACCAGGAGGGACAGCUGUGUGUGCCGGCGUGGGACGAGCAGAGCUCCAAGGCCUAUCUGAGCGUGCUGUUCUGCACCAGCAUCCUCGGCCCCGGGCUGGCCAUCGGAGCACUUUAUGCUACUCUGGGGCGACUCUACUGGGUGUCUCAGACCCGGCCCGCCUGGGCCAGCGGGGGCAGCACUGCCUGUCCACCCAGAGCUCCCAAACCCAAAGUGCUGCUCCUGAUCCUGGGGAUUGUCCUGGCGUUCUGGGCCUGCUUCCUCCCCUUCUGGAUCUGGCAGCUACUGCCGCUGUAUCAGCCCGACAUGCUGCGGACAGUUCCGGUGGGGACGCAGGUGACGGUGAAUCGGAUCCUCACUGGGCUGACCUACGGGAACUCCUGUGUGAAUCCCUUCUUUUACACCCUGCUGACUGGGAAACGGAAACGCAGCCAGCAGACGAUGACAUCAGCAAAUCAGCUCUGCCGCAAAGGCAGUCCGCUGCAGUAGUGCUGCGGCGGUCGGUGCAGUCCACGGCGGCGUGAGUGUGUGUUGUACCGUGCACUGCUGGAGCCGAGGCCAUGGACGGUGCGAGGAACCGAGUAAAGACGAUAUUAAAAAGGCACUUUGUGUAAAUGCUCUGUGAACCAAAAACACUUCCAACGACCAGGAAGAAAAUAUAUGUUGAUAUUAUUUUGUUUUGUUUAUAAUCAGACAAUCUGUGACAUUUUUACACUCAUUUAUUUAAUGUCUCACUAAAGCUGUCAGAUAUUAAAAUAUAAAAAUUUGGUUUCAAAUUCACAUAAAAAAAAGCUUGGCUGCAGUUGCACCUUUUCUGUAGUUAGAGGCA